ACGUAAAUAUCAGCGUCCCGAGAGAAAAUGACAAUGAAUGGAUCCUCCCCAGCAGAACACCUGGGUUGGAUAUUCAGCCUCAACAAGACAUGAUGUCCCUGAGGUUACACGGGGUCUGCCUCCUCCUCCUCUCUCUCUGUCUGUUACUGUGGUACAAUCAUGUGACAAGGUCUUGGGUGUCCAUGAAAAUGGGUCUUCGUGGUUACGUGAGGGUUCUUCCAAACAGUCGUUCAAGUUCAUAUUUUCUGGACUUCCACUGUGGCCGCUGUGCUGUUGUGUCCAGUUCCGGCCAGAUGCUGGCCAGUGGGCAGGGCCAAGAGAUUGGCAAACAGGAAUGUGUGAUCCGAAUGAACGCGGCACCCACAGUGGGAUAUGAGGCUGAUGUUGGGAACAGGACGAGUUUGCGUGUCGUCUCCCACACGAGUGUGCCACACCUGGUACGGCAGCAGGGAUUUUUCUUUGGGCGAGAGGCGGACACCCGAUACGUUGUGUGGGGUCCUGAGAAAAACAUGAGGCAGGAUGGAAAGGGGAAAGUUUUCAACGCUCUGGUGAAGCUGGCUAGGAAGUACCCACAAACACACAUCUACACCGUCACCAGAGAGAAGAUUCAGUACUGUGAUGCUGUGUUUCAAAACGAGACGGGGAAGAACAGGAUGAAAUCAGGGGCGUUCCUCAGUACAGGGUUUUUUACUAUGAUUUUAGCUCUGGAGAUGUGUGACAGCAUUCUUGUUUAUGGGAUGAUUGACGGCUCGUACUGCAGUCAUGCCAACCACUCCUUCGUGCCAUACCACUACUAUGAGCCGUCACGCCUGGAUGAGUGCCGUAUGUACCAUGUUCAUGAGCAUGCAAAGAGGGGCGGCCAUCGCUUCAUCACAGAGAAAGUUAUUUACAGCCGCUGGGCGUUGCAGGGGAAACUAUGGUUUGUUUACCCAUCCUGGUCACCACAUCAAGAUCAAUAGUUAAUACUUAACCAGGCUUUGUUGGGUUUGUUCAAAGUUAUGUCAAUCCUGAGCAGGUUUAAAAAUGCAAUUUUCCCCUAAAGUAUAUGUUUAUGUUAAGGAAAAAUAUCUCUCCCUUCAACUGUGGGGCUUUUAGUGUUGAAAUUCUGCCACCAGUUUGGCCUUUAACUUGUGCUGCUCUGCCCAGUGUUUCAUUUGGUACUAUUUUUACAUAUAUAGAAAUCUUAAAAUGUAUUCUGCAUAAUAUUCAUUAUAGUGAGCCUUUUUAAUUUCAGUAAUGCUUUAUCAUAUUUGUGAAUAUCAAAUAUUUAAUUGUCAAUCUGUUUUUGGAUAUUAAUCUGAAUUUAGAGCACUGCAAAUGUGAUGUUAUUAUAAAAAAAACACUGAACUGGCUGAACCAGUCUGUGUGAGAGAGUCUGAAUCAGGAGUACGAGAAACACUGAAUCCGUAGUGCGAGAGCGUCUGAAUCCGGAGUGCGAGAGAGUCUGAAUCUGGAGUGCGAGAGAGUCUGAAUCCGGAGUUAGUGAGAGAGUCUGAAUCCGGAGUGCGAGAAACACUGAAUCCGGAGUGUGAGGGAGUCUGAAUCAGGAGUACGAGAAACACUGAAUCCGAAGUGCGAGAGAGUCUGAAUCAGGAGUACGAAAACCUGUUUCGGAUUCAGUGUUUCCGAAGUGUGAGAGAGUCUGAAUCCGGAAUGCAAGAAACACUGAAUCCGAAGUGCUAGAGAUUCUUAAUCAGGAGUACGAGAAACACUGAAUCCGGAGUGCGAGAGAGUCUGAGUCCGGAAUGCGAGAAACACUGAAUCCGAAGUGCUAGAGAUUCUUAAUCAGGAUUACGAGAAACACUGAAUCCGAAGUGCGAGAGUCUGAAUCCGGAGUGCGAGAGAGUCUGAAUCCGGAAUGCGAGAAACACUGAAUCAAAGUGCGAGAGAGUCUGAAUCAGGAGUACGAGAUAUACUGAAUCCGGAGUGAGAGAGAGUCUGAAUCAGGAGUACGAGAAACACUGAAUCUGGAGUGCGAGAGAGUCUGAAUCAGGAGUACGAGAUAUACUGAAUCUGGAGUGAGAGAGAGUCUGAAUCAGGAGUACGAGAAACACUGAAUCCGGAGUGAGAGAGAGAUACUGAAUCCGGAGUGCGAGAGAGUCUGAAUCAGGAGUACGAGAAACACUGAAUCCGGAGUGCGAGAGAGUCUGAAUCAGGAGUACGAGAAACACUGAAUCCGGAGUGAGAGAGAGUCUGAAUCAGGAGUACGAGAAACACUGAAUCCGAAGUGCGAGAGAGUCUGAAUCAGGAGUACGAGAAACACUGAAUCCGGAGUGAGAGAGAGUCUGAAUCAGGAGUACGAGAAACACUGAAUCCGGAGUGCGAGAGAGUCUGAAUCCGGAAUGCGAGAAACACUGAAUCCGAAGUGCGAGAGAGUCUGAAUCAGGAGUACGAGAAACACUGAAUCCGGAGUGCGAGAGAGUCUGAAUCAGGAGUACGAGAAACACUGAAUCCGGAGUGAGAGAGAGUCUGAAUCAGGAGUACGAGAAACACUGAAUCCGGAGCGCAGAGAGUCUGAAUCAGGAGUACGAGAAACACUGAAUCCGGAGUGAGAGAGAGUCUGAAUCAGGAGUACGAGAAACACUGAAUCCGUAGUGAGAGAGAGUCUGAAUCCAGAGUGACUGAGAGUCUGAAUUCAGAGUGCGAAAGAGUCUGAAUUCAGAGUGACUGAGAGUCUGAAUUCAGAGUGCGAAAGAGUCUGAAUUCAGAGUGACUGAGACUCUGAAUCCAGAGUGACUGAGAGUCUGAAUUCGCAGCGCGAGAGAGUCUGAAUACAGAGUGACUGAGAGUCUGAAUCCGCAGUGCGAGAGAGUCUGAAUCCGGAGUGCGAGAGAGUCUGAAUCCGGAGUGGGAGAGAGU